UAAAUCUGUGCUGUACAGUUUCCCUAUUGCUCAUGCUUUCGCCCCUCUUCGAUUUCGAGUCUCGGUGAGGGUAGGCGAGUGAGAAAGGGAAUCUUCAACCGGUUCUCGUGAGGGAACGAGGCCAGAGAGAGAACGAGAGAGACGGAGUGCGAGGGAGAGAGGGAGAGAGAGAGAGAAAGCGAUCGAGAAGGUCUCUUCUGGUCGUAGCCGGCAUGCAGAGCGUUUGCGAUCGUUCAACGGAGUGAAGUCUCGUGUCGGUCUCCGACUCGCGAGCUCUGCGAUCGUGAGGCACAGAGAGAGCCACGAGGAGGAGGAGGAGGAGGAUCCAUAGAUCCUCUCUAACAAUUCGUGUGGAAAGAUCAAUCGUUGCUGCGUCGAAAGUUCAAUUGUAUGGGGCCUUCGAGAGGAUUUAGUGGAUUACUCGAUCGGCAGAAAUACUAAAACUUAAUCGAGUGUCGUACGAAUCGGUGAUCGAUUAAGGCGGAGUGGCGACGAAUUACGGUUAUUCCAUUAAUUCAUUUUAUCGGCGAAUAAUGAAUGCGUCGCGGGCUCUGUCAAUCAUUUUAAACGAAAGUUCUUUCGCUUCUCCGAGAAUCAUUACGAAACGAAACGUUCUCGAAUGACGGAACGUGAGAUCUUUAAAAAAUCGUAAAAGAGGCGUAUUCCACUCGAGGUCACCGGGGUGCCCGUGCUUUCGAGAUCGCACGAUGGCUCCGUGAGAAGUAGAAUCAAGAGUUUUAAAAAUAUAUAUGUAUAUGGGCUCCGUGGAACUGUUGAAAAAGCAAAAAAAGAGAGAAUAAUACCUGAGUAUACUGUUCUCGAAGCCCGGACCGAAGUUAUUUCAGCGAGGUAGUAACGGCGUGAAGUCAUCGUUAAUCGCUUCCAGUUCGAACGCAGAAAUAAUAUUACGGUCAAACACGAAGUAGUGUGGAAUUUACUCGUUUCUCUUAUUCCGAAUUUCCAAAAUACUCGAAGGAGGCAAAUUUUGAAAAAAUGAAGAAAUUGCCAGCGGAUUCCAACUGCUAGUGAAUUUUCGUCGAUUACCGCGUGUAAAAUCUGCGACAGUGAUGAUCAGAGAGUGCGCCCCUGCUUCGUUUGUGUCAUCGAGUAUUUAAGGUGAUUUAAAAAAACUGUGUCGUGAUUUCGUGAAUGUUUGCCUGUGAUUUUCGUCUCAAGAUCUGUCGCAACUAAGCGUGGGAGGAAAAAUCGAAUCGAUAUCAAAAGUAAUCGAAUUCGAAGAGAUCGAAAAAUCUUGAGAUUAUCUCAGCGACUGACGAGGAUCCCGUUUCUCAACUAUUCAUUCUACUCCGAUCUCUUGCGCGAGGACCGUUUAGUCCGUGCUACCGGUUAAAAGCCGGUGUGAAAGAGAAUCAAAAAGUCGUUCGAAGGCAUACCCCACCGCGAAUCGGGCUCUCGCGACUCGUGGCAUGAGGAGGUUAGCACGCAGGCGAAAAAGCCUGGCAGCGUUCACCGGGAUUAUGGGCAGACUCGGUAAGGCGUCCCAGGGCCAUCAACAUUCGACUACGAACGGGUGUACGAAACCGAUAUUUCGCGUACAGUAUCGUAAGCUCGUCGACGACAGCCCAUCGCAAGAACCGCAAUUGAAAUUUUUACCCGCACUUCCGGAUUACAUGUCCUACUGCUGCUGUCGGUGUGGAUACACGCAAAAAUUCGAAGCAGAGGAGCUGAACACCAUCGUCGGUAAUGCUUUUCGCAUGGCGUACGUGGCCCAGCUGCAACGCCAACCGAUUCUUCAAGAUGUGAUAACGCCACAGUCGUCGCCAGUUUAUCGUAACAAGGACAAACAGGAGGAGCAACGGAACGCUUGGAACAAACCGUUGGGAGGCGAGAGCGCUAACAGCGGGAUCGGCACUGGAGGAGGCGGAGUUGUCGGCAGCGGUGGAGUGGUGGGUGGCGGCGGUGGCAGAAGUCCCUCCACGAAUUCGUGGCUGAAAAGUCGAACGGCGCCCACGUCCCGUUCUGGUAGCGGUACGUCCGCAGCGGACAUGAACGUUCAGCUCGGCAGCGCCGGCUCGCCUACGCUGCGACUCGCCAGCGUCAAGACACCAAAUUCGAUACCAGGGCUGAGACCAUCGCACAAUUUCACGAACGUUCUCGGUCCAAUAAGCAACGAAAAUGAAUCGAAAAGUAUAUCACAGCAGAGCACACCGAGCAGUGACGAGAGCAACUCGCCGACGGAGCUCAAUUCUUAUAAGAGACUGACCGAUAAGCCACCGCUCAUUAAACGGCUUACCAUGGGGCUGACCGGAGGCCGUGACGUUUUAGGCUUGAACAGCGAGGACGAUAGUUGUCCGUUAGUGAGCGGUAGCAGUACACCAACUAGUCCUACGAAUCGUCCUCAUUCCGGUGGUUACAUUAACGAGGCUAUCAUCGAUUCCGAAGGGACGAGAGCACCUUAUAACAAAAUACCACCAUCUGAGACACUCGACAACACUAUUAACGCCUCCAUUACAGCUAAGAACUUUAACAUCGAAAAUAAUAGGAUAGGACACAAUUCACCAAACUCCGGUACGGAGACGAACGAGUUCAAAACGAAAAGACGAUCGCAAAUAAGCACGUCGAGCAGCUCCGUACCCGCCGACGGUAGUACACACGGCUCGACACCAACGCCACCCCCGCUACCCGAGAGAACCGACAGUCUGAACAAUCGCAGCGAGGAAGGCGAACUACGGAAGGCUCCUUGGUUUCAAGCUGGAAUACCAAGGGAAAUAACGCUUGAGGUGCUAAGCCAGGAGCCGGAAGGAGCCUUUAUGGUGCGAGAGAGCACGAGCAAACCCGGAUGUUACGCUCUCUCGUUGCGAGUACCCAGAGAAUUUCAACCAAGUGGCAUCGCCCAUUAUCUCAUCAUGAGAACGAAUAAAGGAUACAAGAUCAAGGGCUUCACGAAGGAAUUCACAACACUGACAGCUCUGAUCGUCCACCAUUCGGUGAUGCCCGAAUUAUUGCCGUGUCCAUUAUCGUUGAGUCGUUACAACCCGAGUUUCGUAAAGAGUGAUUCGAACAAAGACUUUGCUGACAUCGACUCGGAUCCGGACUACAACACACUCGCCGAUUUUCGUAAAAUGAUGGCCGAUUUAAAUGUCUAAAGUGUCAUUCUAGUGGUGCCAAUGAACGUCGAAAUCUUCUCGUGUUCGAGGGAUGAACUUUUAACCGUCGAUGAUAGUAUAGUGAUUUAAAAAAUCCUUGAGGAAGAAAAAAGAAACAUGGCGAGAUCCAAAAAGUGAUAAAGACUCGCAAAAGGCAGUGAUAGGUAAUAAGACAAUUUAGAAUUAAGUAAUUUAUAAAUUUUCGUGAAAUCGUAAAAGCAGACAAAACGAAACGUCGAUGUAACUGCAAGAAAUAGAAGCAAAGUGAAAAUAAGACUUUUUUUUCAAUUACACAGUCAGUGAAAGUAUAAAAUUGUGAAAGAAAUAGAUUUUUGGCACACGAUCACAGUCUCUUCGAAUAUAAAAAAAAAUACUUCGUUCAAUUUCUUCCGUUUUGUUUCUCUAUCAAUGAAUUUGAUUCACGAAACUCCGAAUGAUUCAUCUGCAUUUUCAAAAGUUUACAUUUUUAUUCAAUUAUCUUUGGUUGUUUUUCCGAUAUAUUUUUCAACAUAUUUCUUUUUCAUGAGCAUUUCAAUGUUAUGAUUUUCAAAAAUUUUUGGCACUGCCAAACAGAAAAAAUGAUUUUUCAUUCGAAAAAUACCAAAGUAUAAAAAUUAAAGUAUUUGGUUAAAUGAAAAGCGACCUAAAAGCCGACGUAUUGAUGGAAAAGUGGGGGGCAGGGCUCGCGCAAGCUUUCUCUUCAAAUACUCUGUGUCAAGUCGCAAACGCAUCUCUUUAUGUUUCCUAUUUUUUGUCUAAAACAUAGAUCCUGAAGCAUGGAAGUAAGUUAUGAAAAUACUAUGAUAAAAUAUUGGAAGAAUAAUCAAAGAUCUUGUCCGAACCGUAAUUAAUCGAAUGUAUCUUCUGUCCCGGCGCCGUGUUGGAUUCUUCGAUAAAACACAGUAGACGUAACGAGCUCUCGUGUAUUCAAAAAAUUGAUGUAGACAUAAUGAAUAGAAAAAGUAAGCGAAGAUUAUUUUUUUCGAUUUAAAUGAAGUAUUGGUGUCUGGUGGGUUCGUAUGUUUGAUAGCCAGUUUGACGAGUCACUGCCAAAUGAUAAACGUGUUGUGAAGAAAAAAUAUAAAUAUGAAUAUAUGCUCGUUCGAUCAGCUGCCAGUGUGAGAUCGUCUGUGACGAAAAAACUAUGAUGAAAAAAAAAUGAACAAAACUACUAAAAAAGAACGUCGAUUAAUUAUUAAGUGCGAAAGGACCAGACGUUAGAAAAAGAGUGAGCGAGUCACAAGUGUAAUCACUCGAUUCGAUAAUUAUGACGUAAAGUUGAUGUAAAUGUGUCUAUAUGUAUAUAAAUUAUAAUUAUUGUUGAAAAAAAAAGCAACAACAUCGUUCUUUUCUCGAAUGUCGAUUCGAAAAUUUGAAACGCACUCGCGAUCGUGUUUUUCGUUUUUUUAGAUUAUGAAAAGACGAAAAUGUGUUUAUGUGGUAAAUCGAUUGCUCGACUAACCUAGUCUUGUACAGAAGUUGCGUGCAUAGUCUAUAUUAUAUAUAAAUCAAUAUUAUGUGUAUAAACACACGCGUAAUUGUAUGAAAAAAAUGAAUUUCAGUAACAAAUCAAGCAAUGGUGGGGGAAAAAUUCAUGUGUCGCUGUUGCAUGUCAAAGAAUCGCUGAGCGUUGGCGAUUGUGAGCGAAAAAUGUCGUAAUUUCUCUGAAGAAUAAAGAAAUCAAAAUUGAGGUUUCCUGAGACAGAUCAUUAGUAAAGAAAUAAUUUUGCGACAAGAAUCAUUAUUCAAAUGGUUGUCGAAAAGGUCGUUAAAAAUAUUAAAACUCGUAUCGUAUUUGGAAAAAAAUAGACAAGAAAAUUUAAAUGGUUUGUUGGAAUUACUGCUUUUAAACAUAUAAAAAAAUGUCGUUUGCUCUACAAUCAAAUUCCCCCCCUGCCAAUUUGUGACGUGAAAUUUCAAUCAAGUAAAGGAACAAAUUGAAAAUUCAGAACAUGAAUCAAAAAAAAAAAAGAUAUUGUGGAGAGCUGAUUGACGGUUGCAAAAGCUAUGCUAAGACAAUUAAUCACCGCUUGAGGUUUAUAACUGUUCUAAGGAUCAUUUAUAGCAAUGCGUUGUAUAAUUUCCACCAAUAAAAUUAUUUAUUAUAUGCGAA